AUGUCGGACCGCGAGUUUGGAGGCAACGAUGAGCUUUCGCUUCCGAAAGCCACCGUCCAGAAGAUUAUCAACGAGAUCCUUGCAAAUGACCCGGGCGUCAGCUUCGCCAAGGAAACGCGCGAUCUCUUGAUCGAGUGCUGCGUUGAGUUCAUCACCAUGAUUUCCUCCGAGGCCAACGACAUCGCCGAGAAGGAAGCGAAGAAGACGAUCGCAUGUGAACACGUCAAGGCUGCGCUGGAGGACUUCGGCUUUGGGAACUACGUCGAGGACAUCAUGCAGGUCGCGGCGGACCAGCGCAAGCAGCAGAUGAACCGCGAGAAGAAGCAGAGCAAGAUCGAGCAGAGCGGCCUGAGCGAGGAGGAGCUGAUCAGGCAGCAGCAAGAGCUCUUCCGGUCGGCCACGGACAAGUUCAACUCGGGACCGCACGAGGCGUAA